AUGCACUUCCGGCGCUACCAUGACCCCAACUUUGUGCCGACUGCCUUUGUGUGCACAAAGUGUGGCAAGACCUUCACCCGCAGGAACACCAUGGCCAGACAUGCAGAGAACUGUAACGGGGAUCCUGGUGAAGGAGAGAUUGGAACCCCACCCAAGAGAGGACGAGAUGGGAGGAAGAGGAAGAUGCGCUCAAGGAAGGACGAUGAUGACGACGACAGUGAGGACAAUGCUGAUCCUGAGCUGGAUGACAUUUACAUUACAUUUUACAUUUACAUUUUAGUCAUUUAGCAGACGCUCUUAUCCAGAGCGACUUACAGUUAGUGAAUACAUAUAUAUAUAUAUAUAUAUAUAUAUAUUUUUUAAUACUGGCCCCCCGUGGGAAUCGAACCCACAACCCUGGCAUUGCAAACGCCAUGCUCUAUCAAUUGAGCUAAAUCCCUGCCGGCCAUUCCCUCCCCUACCCUGGACGACGCUGGGCCAAUUGUGCGCCGCCCAUGAGUCUCCCGGCUGCGACAGAGCCUGGACAUUGAUGAAGAGACAUUGAUGAAGAGGAUGAGGAGGCUGAGGCGGAACUGCUGGAGGACGAAGAAGAGGAGGAGGAGGAGAUGGAGUUGGAGCAGGCUCCACCCACCAAGCCUAUCCCUAUCACUGUGGAGCCUCCCGUGAAGAGGAAACGCAGUAGACCCCCCCAAGAAUGCGCCCAAACCCGCCUCACCUGCCAAAGCUAGCAAGGCUACCCCUAAGGGCAAGGCUGCUGCAGCAGCAGCCAUCAUCCAGGUGGAGGAUGAGAAUACAGGUGCCAUAGAGAACAUCAUAGUGAAGAAUGAGCCAGAGGCUGAGCAGGCUGCCAUAGAGGUGGUGGUUGAGCAGUCAGAGGAGGCAGAGGCAGGGGUGGCGCUGCCUGGAGCAGAGGUUGCGUCCAACGGAGAUCUCACCCCUGAGAUGAUCCUCAGCAUGAUGGACCGGUGAUCUAGCCCACACAGACAGCUCUAGGACUUCCCCCUUCUCUCAACCUUUCCCUUCAAGUCCACCCUCUUCAUAUGAUCUGCCAUAUUACAAACCACUCCGCUUUACUCUUUAUUAUUUUAAUAAUUUGUUUUUAACAAAUCUGUGUUUCUUUUCACUCUCAAACCCACAUCCUUCCAUGCAUUCACUGUAACAGUUUAAGUUCCAAUUGCUUUGGUCUGGGGCGGCAGGUAGCUUAGUGGGUAAGAGCGUUGUGCCAGUAACCGAAAGGUCGCUGGUUCUAAUCCCCGAGCCGACUAGGUGAAAAAUCUGUCGAUGUGCCCUUAAGCAAGGCACUUAACCCUAAUUGCUCCUGUAAGUCGCUCUGGAUAAGAGCGUCUGCUAAAUGACUAAAAUGUAAAUGUAAAUGUAUAUAUAUUUUUUUUUAUAUAUAUAUUUUUUAAAGUUAUUAUUUUAUUAUUAUUAUUAUUAUUAUUAAUGGCCUAUAGCUCUGUAUUAUGGCCUAUAGCUCUUUAUAAUAGCCUAUAGCUCUGCAUUAUGGCCUAUAGCUCUGUAUAAUAGCCUAUAGCUCUGUAUAAUAGCUCUGUUUGCUUGUGGGUUCGAUUCCCACGGGGGUCCAGUAUGAAAAUGUAUGCACUCACUAAAACUGUAAGUCGCUCUGGAUAAAAGCCAAAUACCAUAUGCCCACCAGAGGUUGUUUAGGUGCUGAUGGAGCGGUUCAAUCGUCUCCUCAUCACAUCAAAAGGGAUCUUGUCAGUGGUGUGUUGUCUCUUUCUGUCACCCUGGAGUGUGACCAGGCUCAGAGAAGGGACUGUGACUAUGUAGUGCAGGGGUAUGCAAUGCUGGUCCUGCAUGUUUUAGAUUUAACCGACCUGGAAGACCAGGUGUGUUGAAUUUAGGCAAUCACUGAACUGAUCAAUUAGCUCAGUUGGUCAGGUGUGAUGCCUAGUUGGAACAAAAUCCUGCAGUACCUGUGGCACCCCAGGAUGUAGUGUAACCAGGCUCAGAGAAGAGACUGUGACUAUGUAGUGGUGUGAUAUUGGGAAAGGGACUGACCAAUGUCUUCCAUCAUCACCACUCAGCGUCUGCAAUCUGCACUCAGGGAUGCCACCUGACGGAAGACAGUCGGGACUGACCAGUGUUGGAAAUCCCAGACCUUGGCAACCCGUCUGCCUAGGGAGACUAGCGACUGACAGACUUUCACCUUUCACCUUUCAGGAGGCAAUAUGGACUAACAACUGUUCUGUUUGUGAUUGUGGGCCAACAGGCACAGGAAGGAUGAGCUGGAGAGGCGCAUGUCGGCCCUACAGGAGAGCAGACGGGAACUGAUGGUCCAGCUGGAGGGACUGAUGAGGUUACUCAAGGUAGGAGAGGACUCUAACAGUCUAAUAUCUACUACAGAAUAUUAUAUAUAUUAUAUACACUAUCACUAUCUGUUUCUUGUUCGACAGACUUUUAUAUACUGACGCUGUCAUAUUUUUACUAUGUAGUUGUAUGUCAGUAUCAACUUCUGUCAUUAUUACUUUUUAUGCCAUCUGGUAUUCGUUAACAUCAACCGUGAAUUUGUUUUAUAUUUUAAACAACCGUUUAGAACGUGUUGGAUGCUGCAUUGGUUGUAGUUGACAGUUACUGUCCCUCAGGGUCCAUUGGUUAACUUGUGUGAUGAGGUGGUGUUGAAGGAGUCAGGCGCAGGAGGGUAAAUCACAGAAUAACAGGCUUUAAUCCGCAAAAUACAGGUUUACGCAGAAAUGCGUCAAACACACUCCAGGGCACAAACAGGCGCGCUGGAAAAUACAAGGCACGCGGGAAAUACUCCCGUCGACACAAAAUACACGAGCUCCACCGAGCUUCACUAACCUCCACAAUAAACAAUCACCCACACAGACAAGGAAGCAGAGGGAACACUUAUACAAUGACUAAUGAGGGAAUAAGGACCAGGUGUGUGUGAUUGAAGACAAGACAAAUGGAAUGAUGAUAAAUGGAUCGGCAGUAGCUAGUAAGCCGUUGACGCCGAAACCUGCCCGAACAAGGAGGGGAGGCAGCCUCGUGGGAAAUCGUGACAACUUGAAAAGACCUUACACGUAUAAACCUGUCUUUCCUGUCCUGAUAUUGAAGCUUCUGACUCUUAGUCUUUGCCGCUGUUUCUUUCUCUCUCUCUCUCUCUCUCUCUCUCUCUCUCUCUCUCUCUCUCUCUCUCUCGUGCACUCGCUCUCUUUCUCUCUAUUCAAUUUCAAUUCAAUUCAAAGGGCUUUAUUGGCAUGGGAAACAUGUUUACAUUGCCAAAGCAAGUUAAAUAGAUGAUCAACAAAAGUGAAUUAAACAAUAAAAUAAUUAACAGUAAACAUUACACUCACAAAAGUUCAAAAGAAUAAAGACAUUUCAAGUGUCAUUAUGUCUAUUCAAAUCAAAUCACAUUUUAUUUGUCACAUACACUUGUUUAGCAGAUGUUAUUGCGGGUGAAGCGAAAUGCUUGUGCUUCUAGCUCCAACAGUGCAGUAAUAUCUAACAAUUUCACAGCAUAUACCCAAUACACACAAAUCUAAGUAAGGAAUGGAAUUAAGAAUAUAUACAUACAGUUGAAGUCGGCAAAGGACCUUGUGAAUAUGCUGGAGGAAACAGGUACAAAAGUAUCUACAGUGAGGGAAAAAAGUAUUUGAUCCCCUGCUGAUUUUGUACGUUUGCCCACUGACAAAGACAUGAUCAGUCUAUAAUUUUAAUGGUAGGUUUAUUUGAACAGUGAGAGACAGAAUAACAACAACAAAAUCCAGAAAAACGCAUGUCAAAAACGUUAUAAAUGUAUUUGCAUUUUAAUGAGGGAAAUAAGUAUUUGACCCCUCUGCAAAACAUGACUUAGUACUUGGUGGCAAAACCCUUGUUGGCUAUCACAGAGGUCAGACGUUUCUUGUAGUUGGCCACCAGGUUUGCACACAUCUCAGGAGGGAUUUUGUCCCACUCCUCUUUGCAGAUCUUCUCCAAGUCAUUAAGGUUUCGAGGCUGAGAGUUUGGCAACUUGAACCUUCAGCUCCCUCCACAGAUUUUCUAUGGGAUUAAGGUCUGGAGACUGGCUAGGCCACUCCAGGACCUUAAUGUGCUUCUUCUUGAGCCACUCCUUUGUGGCCUUGGCCGUGUGUUUUGGGUCAUUGUCAUGCUGGAAUACCCAUCCACGACCCAUUUUCAAUGCCCUGGCUGAGGGAAGGAGGUUCUCACCCAAGAUUUGACGGUACAUGGCCCCGUCCAUCGUCACUUUGAUGCGGUGAAGUUGUCCUGUCCCCUUAGCAGAAAAACACACCCAAAGCAUAAUGUUUCCACCUCCAUGUUUGACGGUGGGGAUGGUGUUCUUGGGGUCAUAGGCAGCAUUCCUCCUCCUCCAAACACGGCGAGUUGAGUUGAUGCCAAAGAGCUUGAUUUUGGUCUCAUCUGACCACAACACUUUCACCCAGUUCUCCUCUGAAUCAUUCAGAUGUUCAUUGGCAAACUUCAGACGGCCCUGUAUAUGUGCUUUCUUGAGCAGGGGGACCUUGCGGGCGCUGCAGGAUUUCAGUCAUUCACGGCGUAGUGUGUUACCAAUUGUUUUCUUGGUGACUAUGGUCCCAGCUGCCUUGAGAUCAUUGACAAGAUCCUCUCGUGUAGUUCUGGGCUGAUUCCUCACCGUUCUCAUGAUCAUUGCAACUCCACGAGGUGAGAUCUUACAUGGAGAUUGACAGUUCUUUUGUGUUUCUUCCAUUUGCGAAUAAUCGCACCAACUGUUGUCACCUUCUCACCAAGCUGCUUGGCGAUGGUCUUGUAGCCCAUUCCAGCCUUGUGUAGGUCUACAAUCUUGUCCCUGACAUCCUUGGAGAGCUUUUUGGUCUUGGCCAUGGUGGAGAGUUUGGAAUCUGAUUGAUUGAUUGCUUCUGUGGACAGGUGUCUUUUAUACAGGUAACAAACUGAGAUUAGGAGCACUCCCUUUAAGAGUGUGCUCCUAAUCUCAGCUCGUUACCUGUAUAAAAGACACCUGGUGCCAGAAAUCUUUCUGAUUGAGAGGGGGUCAAAUACAUAUUUCUUUGUUGUUAUUCUGUCUCUCACUGUUCAAACAAACCUACCAUUAAAAAUUAUAGACUGAUCAUUUCUUUGUCAGUGGGCAACCUUACAAAAUCAGCAGGGGAUCAAAUACUUUUUUCCCUCACUGUAUAUCCACAGUAAAACGAGUCCUAUAUCGACAUAACCUGAAAGGCCGCUCAGCAAGGAAGAAGCCACUGCUCCAAAACCGCCAUAAAAAAGCCAGACUACGGUUUGCAACUGCACAUGGGGACAAAGAUCGUACAUUUUGGAGAAAUGUCCUCUGGUCUGAUGAAACAAAAAUAGAACUGUUUGGCCAUAAUGACCAUCGUUAUGUUUGGAGGAAAAGAACACCAUCCCAACCGUGAAGCACAGGGGUGGCAGCAUCAUACUGUGGGGGUGCUUUGCUGCAGGAGGGACUGGUGCACUUCACAAAAUAGAUAGCAUCGUGAGGAAAGAAAAUUAUGUGGAUAUAUUGAAGCAACAUCUCAAGACAUCAAUCAGGAAGUUAAAGCUUGGUCGCAAAUGGGUCUUCCAAAUGGACUAUUACAUUUACAUUUACAUUUUAGUCAUUUAGCAGACGCUCUUAUCCAGAGCGACUUACAGUUAGUGAGUGCAUACAUAUAUAUUUUUUAAUUUUAAUUUUAUUUUUUUCAUACUGGCCCCCCGCGGGAAUCGAACCCACAACCCUGGCGUUGCAAACGCCAUGCUCUACCAACAUCCCUAUGAACCCAAGCAUACUUCUAAAGUUGUGGCAAAAUGGCUUAAGGACAACAAAGUCAAGGUAUUGGAGUGGCCAUCACAAAGCCCUGACCUCAAUCCUAUAGAACAUUUGUGGGCAGAACUGAAAAAGCGUGUGCGAGCAAGGAGGCCUACAAACCUGACUCAGUUACACCAGCCCUGUCAGGAGGAAUGGGCCAAAAUUCACCCAACUUAUUGUGGGAAGCUUGUGGAAGGCUACCCGAAACGUUUGACCCAAGUUAAACAAUUUAAAGGCAAUGCUACCAAAUACUAAUUGAGUGUAUGUAAACUUCUGACCCACUGGGAAUGUGAUGAAAGAAAUAAAAGCUGAAAGAAAUAAUUCUCCCUACUAUUAUUCUGACAUUUCACAUUCUUAAAAUAAAGUGGUGAUCCUAACUGACCUAAGACAGCGAAUCUUUACUAGGACUAAAUGUCAGGAAUUGUGAAAAGCUGAGUUUAAAUGUAUUUGGCUAAGGUGUAUAUAAACUUCCGACUUCAACUGUAUAUGGACGAGCAAUGACAGAGCGGCAUGGACUAAGAUACCGUAGAAUAUUAUAGAGUACAGUACAUACAUAUGAGAUGAGUAAUGCAAGAUAUGUAAACAUUAUUAAAGUGGCUAGUGUUCCAUUUCUAUUAUUAAAGUGGCCAGUGAUUUCUAGUCUAUGUCUAUAGGCAGCAGCCUCUAAUGUGCUAGUGAUGGCUAUUUAACAGUCUGAUGGCCUUGAGAUGGAAGCUGUUUUUCAGUCUCUCGGUCCCAGCUUUGAUGCACCUGUACUGACCUCGCCUUCUGGAGGAUAGCGAGGUGAACAGGCAGUGGCUCGGGAGGUUGAUGUCCUUGAUUAUCUUUUUGGCCUUCCUGUGAAGGUGUCCUGGAGGGUGGGUAGUUUUCCCCCGGUAAUGCGUUGGGCAGACCGCAGUGUUGUAAUGAUGUGCAAGUAGUUAAAGUACAAAAAGGAAAUAAAUAAACAUAAAUAUAGGUUGUAUUUACAAUGGUGUUUGUUCUUCACUGGUUCUUUCUUUCUCUCUCUCUCUCUCUCUCUCUCUCUCUCUCUCUCUCUCUCUCUCUCUCUCUACUCAUGCUCUCUAUCACUGCGUACCAUUGGCUGACUGAUAGGAUGAGGAGCAGAAGCAGGCAGUAAGUGUCUCUAUUCAGUUUCCUAUACAUUAAUACACUAAUCAAGCAGUAGAGGAGCAGCACCAGACCCAGUCACUCUCUCACCAUAAUAUUACGUGUCACACUACUGUUCACUCUUAAUGCAUGUUUUGAUAUGUCUCAGAUGGAUAGUGUUUAAGGAACUUACAGUAGCAGCGUUUUUUAUGGACAUGUUAUGCACUUGCGCUGGUCGGUUUGAGGCAGCACUGUUUUCCUACAGAGAUUUGGCACAGUACUUCUAUAGAUGGGUUAUUUGUCACGCCAUGAGAGAUCAUAAAGUCCUGUUGUAGUUUGCUAGAUUAUUUGGGUCCAUGACGAGUGAGAACUCUACCAUGUAUUCCUUUCUUUGCAAACAAACGUCUGAGACCUGUUCCUUUCAUCAAAGCUAACAACCUUUCCUCAAAUGUGACGACAGUCUGUCUAACCAUCUGCUGCCUGUCUCUAAGCCAUACAGUGCUGGACCCUCAGGCAGACCUGGGUUCAAACUCUAAUCGAAAUCUUUCAAAUACCUUGAGCGUUUGCUGUAGCCUGCCUGGAGUGCUAGUUAGGCUGGGUUUGAAGUUUUGGGACUAUCCUAUUGGUCCAUUAAGCUAAGCAGGCUCAAUCAAGCACAGAUGCAGUUUUUGAAAUUAUUCGAAUAGUGUUUGAACCCAGGUCUUCCCCUGGGCCCUGCACCAACCCCCUCCUUACCCCCUUCCCACCCCGUGAGAGACACAGUGCCCCUUUCUACAGACAGAACAGUAAAGUCCCCUCCUUAGUCCCUGCAGGCAGGCAGGCAGGCUCACACAUGGUUCUCAUUAGAUUUCAGAGCAGUAGACGUGCUGUAAUGGACAGGGAGUGUAUGUUCAGGUGUGUGUGUGUGUGUGUGUGUGUGUGUUAGGCUUGGCCGGUAUCCAGAUUGUCAUACCUUCAUACCGACCUUGUGCCAUACUGGGAUAUUCGGUAAUACCGGCAUUGCACCCAUGGGGCGCUAUUUUCAAACCCCACUGAGCCUUCGUAAUCUGAAGGUUAGCAAUGCUAACAAGUACAUGUAAGAUCCCAUACAGAAUGCUAUCUAAAUGCUAACGAGCGCAUUGUGAACAUUAGGUCUCUGACCUAAAGUAUUUGCAGGACAGAUAUCCCAACUCAAAAACGCGACUCACAGUUUGCUACACGCACAAAACAAAUAUUAGACAGCAAGGCUCUUGUCCAGGAGGGGAUUCUCUGCUGUUACCAAGCGAAACUUGAUUUUGGAAGAAACUAACCACAUAGUUAUAUAACUAACUAGCUACUAAAUUAGCAAACCAAAUGCACAACUGCAGAUCAUUUAGCACAUUUUAGACAGUUAACUUAAUAGUUAAAUUGGAGAAGGUCUCCAGGGAUGGUCUGGAGGAGGGGAUGGGGUCGAGCGGGCAGGUUGUCGGGCGGCCAGACCUCACUAGUCACAGGAUUUUAUCUGGAGAGAGAGGGGAGAAAGAGGUCAAGGUGUAGGGUAGUUCUGUGUGCGUGAGACCAGUGAAUGAGGAGCGGAUGUCGUCAACCUUCUUUUGAAAGUCGUCCGCAGAGAGGGUGGGGGUGGAGGAUUAAGGAGGGAGGAGAAGGUAGAAAAUAGUUUCCUAGGGUUAGAGGCAGAAGCUUUAAAUUUAAAGUGAUAGAAAGUGGCAUUAGCAGUGGAUUCAGAGGAAGAGAAGGUAGAGAGGAGGGAGUGAAAGGAUGAUAGGUCCUCCAGAAGUUUUCAUUUUCCUCAAUUUUCGCUCAGCUCCCCUCAGCCCUGUUCUGUAAGCUCGCAAUGAGUCACUUCGCCACGGAGUAGGAGGGGAGGGGAGAGCCGAGCCGGCCCGGGAGGAAAGGGGGUAGUGCGAGUCAUAGGAUGCGGAAAGGUAGGAGAGUAGGGUCGAAGAGGCAUAAUCAGGACACAGGAGAGAGAUAUGAUAGGAUAGAAGAGGAAAGAGUAGUGGGAGAGAGAGAGCGAAGAUUGUGACGGCGCAUGACCAUCUGCGUAGGGGAUGAAAGGGUUGGAGGAAAGAGAGACAGAAAAGGAAACAAAGUAGUGAUCCUAGACCUGGAGGGGGGUUGCAGUGAAAUUAGUAGGUGGACAGCCUCUAGUAAAGAUGAGGUCAAGCGUAUUGCCUGCCUUGUGAGUUGGAGGGGAUUGGGAAAGGGUGAGGUCAAAAGAGGCAAGGAGGGGAAAGAGGGAGUUGCAAAAAAAUGAAUUGACGCCUCCCGAGUGGCGCAGCGGUCUAAGGCACUGCAUCACAGUGCUAGAGGCGUCACUACAGAUCCAGGUUCGAUCCAGGGCUGUGACGCAGCCGGCCGCGACCGGGAGACCCAUGAGGUGGUGCCCAAUUGGCCCAGCGUCGUCCGGGUUAGGGGAGGGUUUGGCCGGCUGGGAUGUCCUUGUCCCAUCGCGCUCUAGCGACUCCUUGUGGCGGCCGGGCGCAUGUACACUGACUUCAGUCGCCAGCUGUACAGUGUUUCCUCCGACAAAUUUGUGCGGCUGACUUCCGGGUUAAGCGAGCAGUGUCUCAAGAAGCAGUGUGGCUUGGCGGGGUAGUGUUUCGGAGGACGCAUGGCUCUCGACCUAAACUAUGGUAAUACUGGUAUGUUUCUAUAGUAUGUUUCCUAACCUAUGGUAAUACUGGUAUGUUUCUAUAGUAUGUUUCCUAACCUAUGGUAAUACUGGUAUGUUUCCCUCCCGAGUGGCGCAGUGGUCUAAGGCACUGCAUCGCAGUGGUAGCUGUGCCACUAGAGAUCCUGGUUCGAAUCCAGGCUCUGUCGUGGCCGCGACCGGGAGACCCAUGGGGACCCAUGGGGCGGCGCACAAUUGGCCCAGCGUCGUCCAGGGUAGGGGAGGGAAUGGCCGGCAGGGAUGUAGCGCAAUUGGUAGAGCAUGGUGUUUGCAACGCCAGAGUUGUGGGUUCGAUUCCCACGGGGGGCCAGUAUGAAAAAAAUAAAAAAUAAUAAUAAUGUAUGCACUCUGGAUAAGAGCGUUUGCUAAAUGACUAAAAUGUAAAUGUAAAAAUGUUUCUAUAGUAUGUUUCCUAACCGUUGGUAAUACUGGUAUGUUUCUAUAGUAUGUUUCCUAACCGUUGGUAAUACUGGUAUGUUUCUAUAGUAUGUUUCCUAACCGUUGGUGAUGUUGGUAUGUUAUGUUUCCUAACCGGUAUGUUAUGUUAUCAGGCCCAGACAGGAGGCUCGACCCACUCCUCCCCCAGCCACGGGGCAGGCUGCUCCAUGCCCAUGCCCAUCCGCUCCACCUCAGCUGGGUCCACCCCCACCCACACACCCCAGGACUGCCUGGCCGGGGUGGGGGGCGACGUGCUGGAGGCCUUCGCUCAGGGUGAGUCCUGGACCUCAGCCCAGCGGGAAAAACAGGGCAAAACUGGUUGAAAGGACAUCCGUUUCUGGUUGAAUAGGCGUCAAGAUGUCAUUUCAACCUGCUUUUUCCACUGGGCUAUGUCCUCCUGUAGAUCCAAUGUGGCCCAGUGCAUAUCUGUUGUUAGUUAUCCAUUUUCGGGCCUUGUUUGAGUCAAGGACAACACAACAUUUUGAGCUGUGCCAAAUUUGAUUAAAGUACAUUUCAACCAUGUUGAAAAAUAGUAGCCACUAAAUGCCAUGUACAGUGCAUUCGGAAAGUAUUCAGACCCCUUGACUUUUUCCGCAUUUUGUUACGUUAGUCUUAUUCUAAAAUGGAUUAAAUUGUUUUUUCCCCUCAUCAAUCUACAAAAAAAUACCCUAUAAUGACAAAGCAAAAAUAGGUUUUUAGAAAUGUUUGCAAAUGUAUAAAAAUAUAUCACAUUUACAUAAAUAUUCAGACCCUUUACUCAGUACUUUGUUGAAGCACAUUUGGCAGCGAUUACAGCCUUGAGUCUUCUUGAGUAUGAUGCUACAAGCUUGCCACACCUGUAUUUGGGGAGUUUCUCCCAUUCUUCUCUGCAGAUCCUCUCAAGCUCUGUCAGGUUGGAUGGGGAGCGUUGCUGCACAGCUAUUUUCAGGUCUCUCCAGAGAUGUUCGAUUGGGUUCAAGUCCAGGCUCUGGCUAGGCCACUCAAGGACAUUCAGAGACUUGUCCCGAAGCCACUCCUGCGUUGUCUUGGCUGUGUGCUUAGGGUCGUUGUCCUGUUGGAAGGUGAACCUUCACCCCAGUUUGAGGUCCUGAGCGCUCUGGAGCAGGUUUUCAUCAAGGAUCUCUCUGUACUUUGCUCCGUUCAUCUUUCCCUCGAUCCUGGCUAGUCUCCCAGUCUCUGCCACUGAAAAACAUCCCCACAGCAUGAUGCUGCCACCACCAUGCUUCACCAUAGGGAUGGUGCCAGGUUUCCUCCAGACGUGACGCUUGGCAUUCAGGCCAAAGAGUUCAAUCUUGGUUUCAUCAGACCAGAGAAUCUUGUUUCUCAUGGUCUGAGAAUCCUUUGGGUGCCUUUUGGCAAAAUUCAAGCGGGCUGUCAUGUGGCUUCCAUCUGGCCACUCUACCAUAAAGGCCUGAUGGGUGGAGUGCUGCAGAGUUGGUUGUCCUUCUGGAAGGUUCUCCCAUCUCCACAGAGGAACUCUGGAGCUCUGUCAGAGUGACCAUCAGGUUCUUGGUCACCUCCCUGACCAAGGCCCUUCUCCCCCGAUUGCUCAGUUCUAGGAAGAGUCUUGGUGGUUCCAAACUUCUUCUAUUUAAGAAUGAUGGAGGCCACUGUGUUCUUGGGGACCUUCAAUGCUGCAGAAAUGUUUUGCUACCCUUCCCCAGAUCUGUGCCUCAACACAAUCCUGUCUCGGAGCUCUACGGACAAUUCCUUCGACCUCAUGGCUUGGUUUUUCCUCUGACAUGCACUGUCAACUAUGGGAACUUAUAUAGACAGGUGUGUGCCUUUCCAAAUCAUGUCCAAUCAAUAGAAUUUACCACAGGUGGACUCCAAUCAAGUUGUAGAAACAUCUCAAGGAUGAUCAAUGGAAACAGGAUGCACCUGAGCUCAAUUUAGAGUCAUAGCAAAGGGUCUGAAUACUUAUGUAAAUAAGGUAUUUCUGUUUUUUUAUUUUUAAUACAUUUGCAAAAAUGUAUGCUAACCUGUCUUCACUUUGUCAUUAUGUGGUAUUGUGUGUAGAUUGAUGAGGGGGGGGGGGGACAAUUUAAUCCACUUUAGAAUAAGGCUGUAAUGUAAAAGGGAAGGGGUCUGAAUACUUUCCGAAUGCACUGUAAGUCACUAUUAUCAUUGACUGUGUCCUCUGUCUUUUAGGUGUACCUAGAAAUCUUCGUAAUGAUCUGUUGGUCGCUGCAGAUUCAAUCACAAACACCAUGUCAUCACUCGUCAAAGAGCUCCACUCAGGUUAGUUGAAAGGCACAUGACUGCUAUGUUGCCUAUGAUUGGUUGAUAACUCUGGGACUGAAGUUAUAAUCUCAGAAUUCUUUGGAUUUCUUUAAUAAAGUAGAUGAUGCUGCAGAGGAAGAGGACAACCACAUGAGGAACGGAGGACUAAGGGACAGGGCAGAGGAAGAGGACAACCACAUGAGGAACGGAGGACUAAGGGACAGGGCAGAGGAAGAGGACAACCACAUGAGGAACGGAGGACUAAGGGACAGGGCAGAGGAAGAGGACAACCACAUGAGGAACGGAGGACUAAGGGACAGGGCAGAGGAAGAGGACAACCACAUGAGGAACGGAGGACUAAGGGACAGGGCAGAGGAAGAGGACAACCAUAUGAGGAACGGAGGAAUAAGGGACAGAGGUGAGGAAGUCUUGGCUCACAAUUGUCUUAUUAAUAUUUCUUAUUUCAUGUAUCGAGCUGUUUGAGAUUUUGAUUAGUAAUUUCUUUGAAACAACAUUCUAGAAUUCUAAUUGUUAUUCUCCAUUCCAAAGGGAAGCAGGACAUUAUUUUUGGUGAUCAUAUAUAUUAGACUUUUAUGUUACUGCAAAUAACGGAUCAUUUUUCACUUUGUUUUCCAGCCGAUGCAGAAUGA